CUGACACCUCUGCCGGAUAAUAAUGUUAGCUUCAGUAUUGUGAAACAAAAAAAUCAUUUUCGAACUCUUCUAAAUUCCAUCUGUGAACGUUAACUACUACAUGGCGUGCAGAGAGCCGCAAGCAACCGAUUUCAUCGUUAAUCAGCUUAUUAGCGAUCUGGUCCUGGAGGCAGUCAAUAAGCCAAAACCUCGGAAACCACCCUCCCCAUGCAGAUCCUCCACCUGCCAGCGUCUGUUCGAUAUUUUGGGCUUUCAGUCAUACACUAGCGAGAGCGAUGUUGAUGUCGAUGUCCCAGUCGAUGUUGAUGUCGAAGUCGAUGUUCGUGUCCAUGUCGAGGAUGAUAGGAGCAGCCUCGAUGCGAUCAACGCUGCCAGUUCCCGUACUCUCAUGAACAGCCUUCCAUCAAAUGGUGAUCGCAUUGCCAAUUGGCACAGUUGGCUGUCCGAGGCACUGGCUGAAGAGUAUACCGAGGAUGAUUCAACCAUCUAUAACAAGGAUGAAGCCCGAAAGUCUUGUUCUCGGGCUGUGCAAACGGAACAGCCGCGUCUCACGCGAUCCGAUAUUGGCUUCAACGUCUCGGGGGAUCGUGUCUUCCUGCCCACACCUUGUGAGCAGACGCGCCAAACGAUCUUCAUCGAUACGGUGACGCCUCCGGUGCCAAAUGUGUUGGGGCGACCGCCGCUGGCCGAUCGUUUCUGCUAUAUGUUGACCGAUUUCGCCUCGGCUCUCUAUUGCAGUCUCGCCAUUAUGUGCUGUUGCACCCCUACUAUGUUGCGCUGAAUAAAUGAGAGAAUGAAUGAAUGUUACCCAGUGAAAAAUCCAUCCUGAAUUUAAUAAAAAGCCGCCAAAGAGUAAA